UACGUCACACCGCGACCGCCAAUCAGAGCUCGCGCCGGCGCCUGACCAACAUGCCGUUGCAGACUUUUUUUUUUCUCCCAUCGAGUUUUGUAAACACAAGCGACAGUGGAAAAUCGAAUUAUGUCACUGCGGAAGUUCAUGCAUCCGCGGAAUAAAUACAAAGUUGAGCCAAAUUUCAAGGAAUUGGCGGAGAUUUAUCCGGAGUUUAAACAGCAUUUGGUGACUGAUCUCACAGGAAAGCUCAAAUUCAACUUCAAGAACCCGGAGAGUCUCCGAGUUCUUGCCCAAGUCCUCCUCAAGCACGACUUCGGCCUCUCGGUGGACAUCCCCCCCUCGAAGCUAGUCCCGGCCCUUCCCCUGCGCCUCAACUACAUUCUGUGGAUCGAGGAUCUCCUAAAUCACUCAAAAAUCUCAGAUGUUCACGGCCUCGAUGUAGGCACCGGGGCAGUCGCCAUUUACCCCCUCCUCUGCGCCAAAACCCUCGGCUGGAGGAUGACGGGAACGGAGAUCGAUCCCUCCAGCAUCACCUCCGCUGUCGCCACAGUAAAACAAAACAAUUUGGAUAAUUUAAUUCAAAUUUCUCCCGCCGAAAAAGCCACCGUUUUUAAGGCGGCGAUCGACCGUGGGAACUCUUACGACUUUUCCAUGUGCAAUCCGCCAUUUUUCGAUGCUGACAAGAUGGACGACCGUAAGGUCAAGAAAAUGGCGCCGAGGAAUGCGACGACCGGAAGUGAGGGGGAGCUGGUGACCGAGGGCGGGGAGAGGAGUUUCGUUUUGAAAAUGAUUGACGAGAGUUUGGAAAUCAAAGAAAAAAUCAAGAUCUAUACAACGAUGAUUGGACACAAAUCGAGUCUUGGGUUUUUCAAGAGGAAAUUUAGGGAGAGGGGCAUUGAGAACUUUACGUGGACUGAGUUUUGCCAGGGGCACACUAAACGGUGGGGAAUCGCGUGGGGGUUUUUGGACAGAGAUAAGAUCGAUUUGAAAAGCGCGCCGUUCAUCAGAACGAGAAGCGAAGUGAGGAGAGGGGGAGAGGAGGCUUUUGGGGUCGAGGUGGUAGUUCCUGGGGAGGGGGAGUAUUCGGAGGGGGUUCCCAGGGUGGCGGAGAGGGUCAAGGGGUGGAUGAAGGAGUUGCAGAUUCAAAUUGAAGAAUUGAAGGUAGAAGAUGAGGAUUUGGAUGUCUGGACGUGCCAGCUGCGCGCGACCGAGGAUUCCUGGUCCCACGCGAGGAGAAAACGUCGCAUGGCGUUGAGACUGCAACGAGACCCUAAGAGAGCUCGUCCAGACCCUUCAGAUGAUCCUCCCUCUCGAAAUCCUCUACCAACAGCUCCACAGGGCUCCUCAGACCCUCAGGACCACUCGAGCUCCACGGAACUAUUUCUAGAAGCCACUUUAGCCAUCGGUGAAGUGUCUGAACAUCCGGAAGACUCAGAAACUCCUGAAAACUCAUCAGAAUCUCCUGAACCUCCGAAAACAAAAAUCUCUAUGAUUCUGGUGGGGGGAACUGGUGGAAAGAAUGCCUUGGAAACCUUCAGACAAUUUUUAAUUAAUAAAUUGGGGAUCAGGGGGUACUUUCAAAGCCAAAAUAAAUCUAGAAGUCCAAGGAAGAAGAAAAAGAAGAGAAAUUGUAGUGAAAUUGAUACAAAGAAAUAAAGAAUA